AGUGUACCGGACAUGCUGCACAAUUUCCUGGUGUGGCUUAUGUCAGACAAGUAUCAUGCUGUUGUGCAGUCAACCAAGAUCUCAGUAGAAGAUCCAGCAACGUGUCGGCGUGUUCAGUCCAUUGCGCAGGAUGUAAUGUUUGCCACUGCCUCGGCAAUUCCACCCAAGCACAUAGUCUUGGCAUUGACCCUGCACCAUCUGUUCCGGAGUGAGAAGUUGACCACAAUGUUAAACCGCUUGGGGCAUUGCAUUGCCUACUCGCAAGUGUUGGAAAGAGAGACCAAGAUGGCAGAGGACAAGCUAGUUGCCGGGCAUGUUGUGGAUCAGCUUCCAGACGUCAUCAAUCCAAGUACACCAUUCUAUCAUGUUGCUGACAAUAAUGACUUGAAUGAGGAGACAGUGGACGGGAAGGGCACCACUCACUGCACCAACACGAUUGUUGUGCAGCCAAUUCUGAGUAGUGAGGGUGAUGGCACAUGGCUGCCUGGAGCACAAGGCCAUGAGCGGAGCCGGAAGCGCAAAAGAGCCCUGGAUAUACAGCCAGAAGUAUUUGCAGACAUCGUUUGCGCCAAGAAUGUAAACCCUGCGAGGCGGCCGGGUGUGACACAGCAGCAACUGGAAGGUGUUAUGUCGGAUGGUGAUGCUGUGGCGCUGAACGACUUCACCUGGAGGCGUUGUCGAUCCAGUCGAAGUGGAGAGCUCCUUGACCCGGUCGUUGAAGUGUUGUCUGAUUUACCCGAGCAAAAAGUGCCAUCAUGGUCAGCAUUCAACGCACUGGUGAGCCGCAAGGAUGUACCACCGAAAUCCAGGAUUGGAUAUUGCCCUGUGAUGAAUGCUUCACCAACCGAGUCUUCAACCGUGUAUGCAUUGCUGACCAAGUGCCUACGAAGGUGUCAAAACUCUGAUCUGAGUUUCACAUUGAUUGUUUUCGACCAAGCCAUUUACGCCAAGGCCGUGGACAUUGUCACACAACGAGGAGAAGAGUUUGCGCCUAUUGUACUGAGACUAGGUGCUUUUCAUAUUGCUUGCACCUUUCUGGCAAUCAUCGGGAAGAGGUUUCGCGAUGCCGGUCUGUUGGAUCUGCUUGUGGAAUCUGGUGUUGCUGGAACUGCAUCAGCCUCCUCUGCCCUGGAUGGUCGGCACUACAACCGGGGUAUGCGAUUCCACAAGAUUGCUUCCGAGGCAUUGGAACGGUUGCGCUGGAAGGAAUUUGUGGAUGCCAGCAACUUGACUGAACUUGACAUACCUCUCUCCUCAGCCUUUCAAGAGUUGGAGAUGUGCAUCACCAGUGACAACCUGUCACGGGUUACUGCUUCUCCUGCUUUGCGGAGCCUCUACGUCAAAUACCAGGAAUUUUGCCAACAGCAGUCCCAGCUGGUUCCAAACUUUGGACUAUGGUCAUCGUACAUCAGCAUGGUGGAUCUGCUACUGCGGUUUGUCAGGGCUAGUCGCACUGGCAACUGGAAGUUGCACCUCGUCUGUGUGCGGGAUAUGCUUCCCUGGUGUUUUGCAUAUGACCGAGUGAACUAUGCCCGGUUCAUGUCGUUCUACUGGCUCGACAUGACCCAAUUGCCAACGAACCACCCAGAAGCUCAUGCCUUCCUGGAGCAGGGUGGGUUCUCGGUGCAACGGUCAUCCAACCCUUUUGCUCGAGUAGCGUCCGACCAAGCUAUUGAGCAAUCGAUCAAUCGAGCCACAAAAACCACAGGCGGUAUAAUUGGGUUCAGCCGCCAUCCUGCUACUGUACAGCGCUGGGUGCUCACAGCACAUGACCGUGCAGCAGUCGCUGAUGUUUGCUUGGAACACUGUGGCCUUGAUGACAGUACUGAAGAGAGAGAUACCUUUCACAAGGAUUGCCAGAAGGGCAGAAUGGUGCGGGAUGAGAAGGAUGUCCUCCAAGUGAUCGAUACCGUCUCCAUGCUUCGCAAUCCAUUCAUUUCAUCAUCCAAACAGCCAUGCAUGGAGUUAAUCCAUCUUGCAUCCGGCGUUGAAGCAUCCAAGGAAGCUGCCCAGGACCUUCGAACGGCUGAAGAGCGUGGCAAGGUGUGUUUUCAUGAGUUCCUCCAUGAACGGUUGACUGCUGGGCAAUCCGCUAAGGGAUUCCAUGAUCCACUGAAGAAGCAGAACCUGCAGACCUUCACCAAGAAGAAAGCAAAGAAGACGGCAUCGACCAGCAACACCGACAUCCUUCGUGCAGACAGGUCUACUUUCUCUCGAAUGGCCUUGAUUGCUCAAACGCGUGAAAUGGAUAUGCGGCAGGUGAUGUCAUACCCACUAGGUGAAUUGCCUUGGGCAAUUGCCUCUACAUCAGGAGCUCUCGUGAAGACAAACAAGUCUGCUUUACUUACUCUGCUCACCGAUGGCAUAUCGUCUGCACCUCCAACCAACACUGCUGCUGCUAAUGGAGCCCUGAUUAUUGAUGCUAUGGCAAUGAUCAGGACCCAGAAGCUAAGCGAAGCGCCUGCAUCAUUUGGAGAGUUUACUGCAGUAGUCCUGAAACAGAUCUGCGGCUACUUUUCUAAGUACACCCGAGUGGACUUCGUUGUGGACACGUACCGUGACAUCUCCAUCAAGAACUUAGAAAGGAGCUCUCGUGCAGCCGAUGGCGUGUUGCGACUGCAUCUGACAAACCGGUCCCAACGAAUGCCUCGGCAAUUUAACAAGUAUCUUUCGCUGGGCACGAACAAGGAGGAGCUGAUAGCCUUCUUGUUCACAGAAUGGCAGCGUCCCGAGCAGAUGCAGAAGAUUCCUGAUGGCAAGGAGCUUGUGACAACUUCCGGGCAAUCAUGUAGCACGGUAAGAUGCGUCGAUGGUGUGGGUGUCCAUACUCCUGUUCCGAGCCUUAAAUCGACGCAUGAAGAAGCUGAUACGAGGCUCCUUCUCCAUGCCAGCCAUGCGGCGGCAGCAGGUCACGCGAACGUGACCAUCAAGUCACCGGACACCGAUGUGUUAGUUCUUGCUGUGUCAGUCACGAAUCGCAUCCCUGCUGCUCUACACUUCCUAACUGGAACUGGCAACAAGACACGGAAGAUACCGGUCAAUGCCGUCAGCGAAAAGUUGGGCAGAGAGGUGUGUGAUGCUCUGCCGGCAUUCCAUGCCUUUACCGGCUGUGACGCAGUCAGUUCCUUUGCGCACCAAGAAAUCUGCCUUCAAGUUGCUGUGCUCCCCAGCCCACUCCGACUACAAGGCAAUCUUCGCCCGUACAUACCUGCUCCACACGAGAAUAAUCAAGAUGCCUGCCAGUGUCGCCACAACUCGGCAGGAGUUGCCUGCACCAACUGCCCAACUCUGGACACGGUUCAGGAAGAUGUUGCUUCAUCUCUGGAAGCAGAUGACACACUGCAAGCUGUGCAGUGA